AGGCAGGGGGUGGAGAGAGAGAGAGAGAGAGAGAGAGAAAGCGCACGCCGAGAGGAGGUGUGGGUGUUCCGCUUCCAUCCUAACGGAACGAGCUCCCUCUUCGCGGACAUGGGAUUACCUAGCGGCUGCUAACCCCUCUCCUCGUCCUGCUCCCCCAAGUCGGAGUGGCUCCCUGGGCACCAAGGCGCUGACUACCGAGAAGCAGGAUUCGCAUUCCUGGCUGGGCGUACUUUGGUAACAGAGUGCCUGACCCGGGGUCAGGAUUUUCAAGGAAGCCAUGUCUGACAAAAUGGCCAGUUUCCUACAUAUCGGAGACAUUUGUUCUCUGUACGCCGAGGGAUCGACAAAUGGGUUUAUCAGCACCUUGGGCCUGGUUGAUGAUCGUUGUGUUGUACAGCCAGAAGCUGGAGACCUUAACAACCCACCUAAGAAAUUCAGAGACUGCCUCUUCAAGCUGUGUCCUAUGAAUCGCUACUCGGCCCAGAAGCAGUUCUGGAAAGCUGCCAAGCCAGGGGCCAACAGCACAACCGACGCAGUGCUGCUGAACAAACUGCACCAUGCCGCGGACUUGGAAAAGAAACAGAACGAGACAGAAAACAGGAAGUUGCUGGGGACUGUGAUCCAGUAUGGCAACGUGAUCCAGCUCCUGCAUUUAAAGAGUAAUAAAUACCUCACUGUGAACAAGAGGCUUCCGGCUCUGCUGGAAAAGAACGCCAUGAGGGUGACCUUGGACGAAGCUGGGAACGAGGGGUCCUGGUUUUACAUUCAGCCCUUCUACAAGCUGCGGUCCAUUGGAGACAGCGUGGUCAUAGGUGACAAGGUUGUUCUGAACCCCGUCAAUGCUGGCCAGCCCCUGCAUGCCAGCAGCCAUCAGCUGGUGGACAACCCUGGCUGCAACGAGGUCAAUUCCGUCAACUGCAACACAAGCUGGAAAAUAGUCCUUUUCAUGAAAUGGAGUGACAACAAAGAUGACAUUUUAAAGGGGGGUGAUGUGGUGAGGCUGUUUCACGCUGAGCAAGAGAAGUUUCUCACCUGUGAUGAGCACAGGAAGAAGCAGCACGUCUUCCUGAGGACCACGGGCCGGCAGUCGGCCACAUCUGCCACCAGUUCAAAAGCCCUGUGGGAAGUGGAGGUAGUCCAACAUGACCCGUGCCGAGGCGGAGCCGGGUACUGGAACAGCCUCUUCCGCUUCAAGCACCUGGCCACAGGACACUACCUAGCAGCAGAGGUAGACCCUGACUUUGAGGAAGAGUGCCUGGAGUUUCAGCCCUCAGUGGACCCCGAUCAGGACGCCUCCCGAAGCAGGUUGCGGAAUGCCCAGGAAAAGAUGGUCUAUUCCCUGGUCUCUGUGCCUGAAGGCAAUGACAUCUCCUCCAUUUUUGAGCUCGACCCCACCACGCUCCGUGGAGGUGACAGCCUUGUCCCAAGAAACUCCUAUGUCCGACUCAGACACCUGUGCACAAAUACCUGGGUCCACAGCACAAACAUUCCCAUUGACAAGGAGGAGGAAAAGCCCGUGAUGCUGAAGAUUGGCACCUCUCCCGUGAAGGAGGACAAGGAGGCAUUUGCCAUAGUUCCAGUUUCUCCUGCUGAAGUUCGGGACCUGGACUUUGCCAACGACGCCAGCAAGGUGCUGGGUUCCAUUGCUGGGAAGCUGGAGAAGGGCACCAUCACCCAGAAUGAGCGCAGGUCUGUAACCAAGCUGCUGGAGGACUUGGUCUACUUUGUCACUGGUGGAACCAACUCUGGCCAAGAUGUGCUUGAAGUGGUCUUCUCCAAGCCCAACAGAGAACGGCAGAAGCUGAUGAGAGAACAGAAUAUUCUGAAGCAGAUCUUCAAGCUGCUACAGGCCCCAUUCACAGACUGUGGCGAUGGACCCAUGCUUCGCCUGGAGGAACUGGGGGACCAGCGGCAUGCUCCUUUCAGACACAUCUGCCGGCUCUGCUACCGGGUCCUGCGACAUUCGCAGCAAGACUACAGAAAGAACCAGGAGUACAUAGCCAAGCAGUUCGGCUUCAUGCAGAAGCAGAUCGGCUAUGAUGUACUGGCCGAGGACACCAUUACUGCCCUGCUCCACAAUAACCGGAAACUCCUGGAGAAGCACAUCACAGCGGCUGAGAUCGACACGUUCGUCAGUCUGGUGCGAAAGAACAGGGAGCCCAGGUUCCUGGAUUACCUCUCUGACCUCUGCGUGUCCAUGAACAAAUCCAUCCCAGUGACCCAGGAGCUGAUCUGCAAAGCUGUGCUGAAUCCCACCAACGCCGACAUCCUGAUUGAGACCAAGCUGGUUCUCUCUCGUUUUGAAUUCGAAGGCGUCUCCACCGGGGAAAAUGCUCUGGAGGCCGGGGAGGACGAGGAGGAGGUGUGGCUAUUCUGGAGAGACAGCAACAAAGAAAUUCGUAGUAAGAGCGUCAGGGAGUUGGCGCAGGAUGCCAAGGAAGGGCAGAAGGAGGAUCGUGAUGUCCUCAGCUACUACAGGUAUCAGCUGAACCUCUUUGCUAGGAUGUGUCUGGACCGCCAGUACCUGGCCAUCAAUGAGAUAUCAGGCCAGCUGGAUGUGGACCUCAUCCUGCGCUGCAUGUCUGACGAGAACCUGCCCUACGACCUGCGAGCCUCCUUCUGCCGUCUCAUGCUCCACAUGCACGUGGACAGAGACCCCCAGGAGCAAGUCACUCCCGUGAAAUACGCCCGCCUCUGGUCCGAGAUCCCCUCGGAGAUCGCCAUUGAUGACUAUGACAGUAGUGGAGCAUCCCGAGAUGAAAUCAAGGAGAGGUUUGCUCAGACCAUGGAGUUUGUGGAGGAGUAUUUACGGGACGUGGUUUGCCAGAGGUUUCCGUUUUCUGAUAAGGAGAAGAAUAAGCUUACGUUUGAGGUUGUCAACUUAGCCAGGAACCUCAUAUACUUUGGUUUCUACAACUUCUCUGACCUCCUGCGGCUGACCAAGAUCCUCCUCGCCAUCUUAGACUGUGUGCAUGUGACGACCAUUUUCCCCAUCAGCAAGAUGGCGAAAGGAGAAGAGAAUAAAGGUAACGAUGAUGUGGAGAAGCUGAAGAGCAGUAACGUGAUGAGGUCCAUCCACGGAGUCGGGGAGCUGAUGACCCAGGUGGUGCUCCGGGGAGGUGGCUUUUUGCCCAUGACCCCCAUGACUGCUGCCCCUGAAGGCAACGUGAAGCAGGCGGAGCCAGAGAAGGAGGACAUCAUGGUGAUGGACACCAAGUUGAAGAUCAUCGAGAUCCUGCAGUUCAUUUUGAAUGUGAGGCUGGAUUAUAGGAUCUCCUGCCUCCUGUGUAUAUUUAAGCGCGAGUUUGAUGAAAGCAACUCCCAGACCUCGGAAACAUCCUCCGGAAACAGCAGCCAAGAAGGGCCCAGUAAUGUUCCAGGGGCUCUUGACUUUGAACACAUCGAGGAGCAAGCGGAGGGCAUCUUUGGAGGAAGUGAGGAGAACACCCCACUGGACCUGGACGAUCAUGGCGGCCGGACCUUCCUCCGCGUCCUGCUCCACCUGACCAUGCACGACUACCCGCCCCUGGUGUCCGGGGCCCUGCAGCUCCUCUUUCGGCACUUCAGUCAGAGGCAGGAGGUCCUCCAGGCCUUCAAGCAGGUUCAACUGCUGGUCACCAGCCAGGAUGUGGACAACUACAAACAGAUCAAACAAGACCUGGAUCAGUUGCGGUCCAUCGUGGAAAAGUCUGAGCUCUGGGUUUACAAAGGGCAAGGCCCCGAUGAGACCAUGGAUGGUGUGUCUGGUGAAAACGAACAUAAGAAAACCGAGGAGGGGAAUAAGUCAGAAAAGCAAGAAAGCACCAGCAGCUACAACUACAGAGUGGUGAAAGAGAUUCUGAUCCGGCUCAGCAAGCUCUGUGUGCAGGAGAGUGCCUCUGUGAAGAAGAGUAGGAAGCAGCAGCAGAGGCUGCUGCGGAACAUGGGCGCCCACGCCGUGGUGCUGGAGCUGCUGCAGAUCCCCUACGAGAAGGCUGAAGAUACCAAGAUGCAAGAGAUAAUGAGGCUGGCUCAUGAAUUUUUGCAGAAUUUCUGUGCAGGCAACCAGCAGAAUCAAGCAUUGCUGCAUAAACACAUAAACCUGUUCCUCAACCCAGGGAUCCUGGAAGCCGUGACCAUGCAGCACAUCUUCAUGAACAACUUCCAGCUCUGCAGUGAGAUCAAUGAGAGGGUGGUCCAGCACUUCGUCCAUUGCAUCGAGACCCACGGCCGCAAUGUCCAGUACAUCAAAUUCCUGCAGACGAUCGUCAAGGCCGAAGGGAAAUUUAUUAAGAAGUGCCAAGACAUGGUCAUGGCUGAGCUGGUCAACUCUGGAGAAGACGUGCUCGUGUUCUACAACGACAGAGCCUCCUUCCAGACUCUGAUCCAGAUGAUGCGGUCUGAGCGGGACCGGAUGGACGAGAACAGCCCUCUCAUGUACCACAUCCACCUGGUGGAGCUGCUGGCCGUGUGCACCGAGGGCAAGAAUGUGUACACGGAGAUCAAGUGCAACUCCCUGCUCCCGCUGGAUGACAUCGUCCGUGUGGUCACCCACGAGGACUGCAUCCCCGAAGUUAAAAUCGCCUACAUUAACUUCCUCAACCACUGCUACGUGGACACGGAGGUAGAGAUGAAGGAGAUCUACACCAGCAACCACAUGUGGAAGCUGUUUGAGAACUUCCUCGUGGACAUCUGCAGGGCCUGCAACAACACAAGUGACAGGAAGCACGCGGACUCCAUCCUCGAGAAGUACGUCACGGAGAUCGUGAUGAGCAUCGUGACCACCUUCUUCAGCUCGCCUUUCUCGGACCAGAGCACCACUCUGCAGACUCGCCAGCCUGUCUUCGUGCAGCUGCUGCAGGGCGUGUUCCGGGUCUACCACUGCAACUGGCUGAUGCCCAGCCAGAAGGCCUCCGUGGAGAGCUGCAUCCGGGUGCUCUCCGACGUAGCCAAGAGCCGGGCCAUUGCCAUUCCUGUGGACCUGGACAGCCAAGUCAACAACCUCUUCCUGAAGUCACACAACAUUGUGCAGAAAACGGCCAUGAACUGGCGCCUGUCAGCCCGCAAUGCCGCUCGCAGAGACUCUGUUCUGGCAGCUUCCAGAGACUACCGGAAUAUCAUCGAGAGACUGCAGGACAUUGUCUCGGCCCUGGAGGACCGCCUCAGGCCACUGGUACAAGCCGAGCUGUCUGUGCUCGUCGAUGUCCUGCACAGGCCCGAGCUGCUUUUCCCAGAGAACACAGAUGCCCGACGGAAAUGUGAAAGUGGUGGUUUCAUUUGCAAGUUAAUAAAGCAUACUAAACAGCUACUAGAAGAAAAUGAGGAGAAACUUUGCAUUAAAGUCCUACAGACCCUCAGAGAAAUGAUGACCAAAGAUAGAGGCUACGGAGAAAAGCAAAUUUCCAUUGAUGAGUUGGAUAAUGCUGAGCUGCCACAAGCUCCGGAAUCCGAGAACGCCACAGAGCAGGAGCUUGAAUCAAGUCCACCCCUGAGACAACUGGAAGACCAUAAAAGGGGUGAGGCGCUCAGGCAAAUUCUGGUCAACCGUUACUAUGGAAACAUCAGACCUUCAGGAAGAAGAGAGAGCCUGACCAGCUUUGGCAAUGGCCCACUGUCACCAGGAGGACCCAGCAAGCCUGGGGGAGGAGGGGGAGGUUCGGGAUCCAACUCCAUGAGCAGGGGUGAAAUGAGCCUGGCCGAGGUUCAGUGUCACCUUGACAAGGAGGGGGCCUCCAAUCUGGUCAUCGACCUCAUCAUGAAUGCAUCCAGUGACCGGGUGUUCCAUGAAAGCAUCCUCCUGGCCAUCGCCCUUCUGGAAGGAGGCAACACCACCAUCCAGCACUCCUUUUUCUGCCGGUUGACAGAAGAUAAGAAGUCUGAGAGAUUCUUUAAGGUCUUUUAUGACCGAAUGAAAAUGGCCCAGCAGGAAAUCAAGGCAACUGUGACUGUGAACACCAGUGACUUGGGAAACAAAAAGAAAGAUGAUGAGGCGGACAGGGAGGCCCCGUCCCGAAAAAAAGCCAAAGAGCCUACGACACAGAUAACAGAAGAGGUCCGGGAUCAGCUCCUGGAGGCCUCUGCUGCCACCAGGAAAGCCUUCACCACCUUCCGGAGGGAGGCUGACCCCGACGACCACUACCAGUCCGGGGAGGGCACCCAGACCACCACCGACAAGACCAAGGACGAGCUGGAGAUGAGCGCGGUCAUUACCAUCAUGCAGCCCAUCCUGCGCUUCCUGCAGCUGCUCUGUGAAAACCACAACCGAGACCUGCAGAACUUCCUUCGUUGCCAAAAUAACAAGACCAACUACAAUUUGGUGUGUGAGACGCUGCAGUUUCUGGACUGUAUUUGUGGGAGCACGACUGGUGGCCUUGGGCUCCUUGGACUGUACAUCAACGAGAAGAAUGUCGCGCUUAUCAAUCAAACCCUGGAAAGUCUGACUGAAUACUGUCAGGGACCUUGCCAUGAAAACCAGAACUGCAUCGCCACCCACGAGUCCAAUGGCAUCGACAUCAUCACAGCCCUGAUCCUCAACGACAUCAACCCUCUGGGGAAGAAGCGUAUGGACCUCGUGUUAGAACUGAAGAACAACGCUUCCAAGUUGCUGCUGGCCAUCAUGGAGAGCAGACACGACAGUGAGAAUGCCGAGAGGAUCCUCUACAACAUGCGGCCGAAGGAGCUGGUGGAAGUGAUCAAGAAGGCUUACAUGCAAGGCGAAGUCGAAUUUGAGGAUGGAGAAAAUGGUGAGGACGGAGCUGCCUCCCCCAGGAAUGUGGGGCACAACAUCUACAUAUUAGCACACCAGUUGGCUCGGCACAACAAAGAACUUCAGACCAUGCUGAAGCCUGGUGGCCAGGUGGAUGGAGACGAAGCUCUGGAGUUCUAUGCCAAGCACACGGCACAGAUCGAGAUUGUCCGAUUAGACCGAACAAUGGAACAGAUUGUCUUCCCAGUACCCAGCAUAUGUGAAUUCCUAACCAAGGAGUCAAAACUGCGAAUAUACUACACCACGGAGCGGGACGAGCAGGGUAGCAAGAUCAACGACUUCUUCCUGCGCUCGGAAGACCUCUUCAACGAAAUGAACUGGCAGAAGAAGCUGCGAGCCCAGCCUGUCCUCUACUGGUGUGCCCGCAACAUGUCCUUCUGGAGCAGCAUCUCCUUCAACCUGGCCGUCCUGAUGAACCUGCUCGUGGCCUUCUUCUACCCGUUUAAAGGAGUGCGAGGAGGGACGCUGGAGCCACACUGGUCAGGCCUCCUGUGGACAGCAAUGCUCAUCUCCCUGGCCAUCGUCAUUGCCCUACCCAAGCCCCACGGCAUCCGGGCCUUGAUUGCUUCCACAAUUCUACGAUUGAUAUUUUCGGUCGGGCUGCAACCCACAUUGUUUCUGCUGGGAGCGUUCAACGUCUGUAAUAAAAUCAUCUUUCUAAUGAGCUUCGUGGGCAACUGUGGGACAUUCACCAGAGGCUACCGAGCCAUGGUUCUAGAUGUCGAGUUCCUGUAUCACCUGCUGUAUCUGUUGAUCUGUGCCAUGGGACUCUUUGUCCAUGAAUUCUUCUACAGUUUGCUGCUGUUCGAUUUAGUGUACAGAGAAGAGACUUUGCUUAAUGUCAUUAAAAGCGUCACCCGCAAUGGACGGUCCAUCAUCCUGACUGCGGUUCUGGCUCUGAUCCUGGUUUACCUGUUCUCGAUCGUGGGCUAUCUUUUCUUCAAGGAUGAUUUUAUCUUGGAAGUAGACAGAUUGCCCAAUGAAACAGCUGUUCCAGAAACCGGCGAGAGUUUGGCAGGCGAGUUUCUGUACUCUGAUGUGUGCAGGGUGGAGACGGGGGAGAACUGUUCCUCUCCUGGACCCAAGCAAGAGCUAGUCCCUGUGGAAGAAACGGAACAGGAUAAGGAGCACACGUGCGAGACGCUGCUGAUGUGCAUUGUCACUGUCCUGAGUCAUGGGCUGCGGAGUGGGGGCGGAGUAGGAGAUGUGCUCAGGAAGCCAUCCAAAGAGGAACCUCUCUUUGCUGCAAGAGUGAUCUAUGACCUCUUGUUCUUCUUUAUGGUCAUCAUCAUCGUCCUGAACCUUAUUUUUGGUGUCAUCAUUGACACGUUUGCUGACCUGAGAAGUGAGAAGCAGAAGAAAGAAGAGAUCUUAAAGACCACAUGCUUCAUCUGUGGCCUGGAGAGAGACAAGUUUGACAACAAGACGGUCACCUUUGAGGAGCACAUCAAGGAAGAGCACAACAUGUGGCACUAUCUGUGCUUCAUCGUGCUGGUCAAGGUGAAGGACUCCACCGAGUACACUGGGCCCGAGAGCUAUGUGGCAGAGAUGAUCAAGGAAAGAAACCUUGACUGGUUCCCCAGGAUGAGAGCCAUGUCCUUGGUCAGCAGCGAUUCCGAAGGAGAACAGAACGAGCUGAGGAACCUGCAGGAGAAGCUGGAAUCUACCAUGAAGCUUGUCACUAAUCUCUCUGGACAGCUGUCAGAAUUAAAGGACCAGGAGGAGAACUAAUAUGACAGAACAAAGGAAGCAGAAACAAAGAAUUGGUCUUCUAGGACAUCCGCCUCACAUGAAUGUCAACCCACAGCAACCAGCAUAAGCAAAUGAGAGAGGAACUGUGUUGACCUUUUUUAAUUAUUAGCGUGGGUAUGGCUAAUUAGUUCUGAUUCACCCACUAAGUGACAUUUAUGCUUAGUAUAUUUGUAAAUAACUCAGUUUUAUACUGUAUGUAUAUGAUUGCUACUCUAAAGGUUUGGAUAUAUAUGUAUUGUAACUAGAUUUGUUGAACGGCAUGAUGACAUUUCAUUUGUGCCAAAAAUAUUAAAAAUGCCUUUUUUGGAAGGACUAAAGAAAGCACCUGAUUUGCACUUGAACCAGAUUAUAGAUUUAAAAGCAUAUGACAUGUAUUUUGUAUUUAAAACUAGAAUAGCCAGUAUUUAUGUUUUUUAUAAAACAGUGCAAUAUGAAUUACGCAAUCACAAUAAGUCUGUAACUCCCCAGUGUCCUACAGGGAGUGCACAUCUUUGAAGCUGGUGUGUUAAUACUAUGUAAUAAAUGGUUAAAUAUCAAAUGAUGCUGCUGCCAAAAUUAUAUUACUAGUGAGUUUCAGGCCCCUGGGCAUUUUGUACCAUGUAAUUAUCCUACGGUGAAGCUGUUUGUCAUAGCUAGUGGCAUCCGUGCCUGACAACGCUCCAUGUCUAUCAGCUGUUCAGCUGGCGUUCAUUUUAAGAAACGCAACUUUAGUUUCAAGAAUACUUCUAAAUUGAUCACUUAUUAAACUCUUUCUUUAAAUCAGAGGCCACGGUAGAUGCUCACUACUGUAGCUUGUGAGGAAUGAUGUUUUUAAAGGGAACUUUUUACACAACGUUGGGAAUCAUUGUCAUCUCCUGGGUGAGUUUGGAUGUCACGGGAUAGAGAAAUGAGGACUGGAUGGUUUCUAGAGUAUUAGUCCAAACGGUUUUUCCUUCAUCCAAACCAACAUGCUCUUGUAGCUAAAAUAAUUAAAAGUAUAUACAGCCACAUGAAGGUGAAAUGGGAACUGGCCCCUUAGAACCCAGAGUUGAACACUGACAUGUUAUUCUUCUGGAAGAGCCACGUUGUGAUUUUCUUUCUGUGUCACAUGAUUUCUUUUCGGGAUGGAUGGAAAGUAUGAAAGGAAACUUUUAUACCUGUUGCCUAGUUUUGUACAUGGGUCUCAUUUUACUACAGAAUCUCUCUGCAAAAAUGUUUUAAAAAGAGUUCUGAAAUGAGUCAAGUUUGUAAAUGCAUAUAUGAAAGUAUUUAAUAAAUGAUGCAGAAUCAUAUGAAGUAA